AUGGCCAUCGGAGUCUACUUGCUAGCUUGCCUUACUUAUGCUACAUGUCUUUUCCAUCAAACAGCAGCAAGAUCCUUCACCGUGGACUACAAAAACAAUGUCUUCCUUAAAGAUGGCGAGCCAUUUCGCUAUAUUUCUGGAAGUAUUCACUAUUUUAGGGUCCCUCGCGUUUUUUGGCGUGACAGACUCGAGAAGAUGAAAGCGGCUGGGUUAAAUGCCAUACAGACGUGAGUAUUUUUCAACUCAAAAGUCUAAUUUCAAUAACUUCAAAUGCCAGUUUAUUACUAAUCAUAAUAAUAUAUGGUAUCAUGCAUAACGCACCGCCAAAAAGGAGUUCCAUGCAUCCAACGAUCCAAACCUUAAAGAAUACAAAAGCCGUUUACAUCACAUUACUUCACGAAAUUCUCCCAUGCAGUCGAUGUCUCUAUGGAGAUAUACCGUGGAACUUAAUUUUGAGGGAGUUUUCUGCAGAUGGCCGAUUUUUUGUCUUUGGGGUCACUUUGUUGUUAGCCUGCGAACAGCAGACGCAUGUUCGGUCGUCGCUUCUCUCCCUCCGAAGAAUAGAGAAAAGCGACGACCGGAAAUGCGUUUGCUGUUCGCAGGUUACUUAAAAUACAGGUUGCUGCAAGCAACCUCUUGGGGAGGGUGGGGUGGAGCUCUGACAGACCUACAUACUAGCCGUUGCUUCAAUUCAACUUCCCAUAAGUUCUCGAUCGAAGCAGUCUUUAAAGCAAGCGAAGCGAGCUUUAAUGGCCGGAGACCGAGCGAACGACAAGGUCGCGAGGUCAGGACUUUCGAGAGCCACUUUGUAGAGAAAGUCUCAGAAAGACACUAAACUCUGGUCGUCUCGAAAGUUUAUUUUAGCUGGCUUUUUCGUCUCAUCUGAAACUGUUAGCAACCCUCAGAUGCAUGGACCUUGAUGAGUCCCGUCGAAUGUUAGAGGACAUGGAAAUUCCGACAUUCCGAAAUUUUCAGGAGACCUUUUUUAAGAGGGUCCUGCAGGGAUAUUUUCAUGAUCGAUACGUGAUUAGCUAUUUGUAUUUUUCGUGAACUGUGAAUUCAAUAACUAUCCUUCGUGUUCCGUGACCAAAAGGAAGAGCGUGUCCUUAGAAAAACUGGAAUUAAUAAUCAAUAUUCUUGAUUUCAUUACUAAUUUUUUUCGUGAUUUUCAGUUUCGAGACCUUUCCGGAAGAUGAGAUUUUGAAAGUGUCAAAUGAGAAUGAUGAGGUUUGGAAAUUGCUAUUUACAUCUUUCUUUUCCUUUUCGCCACUUUCAAGCUUUUUUGUCAAACACCUUUCUUGCUCCUUUAUUGUUUGCGUUAGAGCAGGAUGAAAAACCAUGCUUUACAUGCUGAUAUCGUCACUCAAAAACUAAAAUGAAAUUUUGACGUCUGUGAUAGGUGAUAAGUUAUUUUUUUGGUCCGUAAACCGUGCCCGAAACAUUUCCGCCCCAACCUUCCCCCACCUGUGAAACCCUGAAACCCCCUUUUAACGAUAAUCGCAAUAUCUUGGUAAUAAAAUGUGAAAAGCUGAACCUCCGAAAAUCGUUGGUAAGUUGGUGGAGAAACUUCUUAAACGAAUGGAACAGUUAUCCAGAAUUUGUAUACCUUUCUCGAACUUUAGAAGGCAAAAGUUGAUUCUCCGAACAGUCAUUUUACUGACAAAAAUAUAUCAUUAUAUUUGCCCGAUAUUUCGGUUUGCAACUAGACUUGCUACAAGUCGACCUCUUUGCAAGAUUUGAAUACACAGCAAACUGAAAAUGAAAAUGAUAGGCUGGUAAAAAUAUAAACGUCACUAAUUAAGUUUAUCACGUCUAUUUAUAUAACCACGGCUCUAAUGUUUUGCAGGAGCCCUGUGUUUUUUCAAUAAUGUGAGUCUCGCGUACUUUUCUAACAGAGCCACGGUUGCUAAGGAUUAGUUCUAAGAUCUUCUAAGGAAACAAGAAGGUCGUCGUUAAUAGAGUGAUCAGCUUUGUUAAAAUGAGAAGAGGAGAGCACGUUUAAACUGAGUCCAGUCUGCAGUCCUGUCUUUGAUAAAGUCGUUGUCAUAGACACACUCAAAUACUGUCAAAAUCCGUUAAAAAGGACACUGAGGGGGCCAUAGUAAGUGUCCGUAUUCACGGGUUGCCCGUAUAAAGCGGGUUGAAUUGAGAGAAAAUGUAAGGGCAACCUCGUUCCCAGGGUUCUCUCCUACCCGUCCCCACGGAGCGAGCGAGAGAGAACGAGUAGGAGAGAGAACCUGGGAUCGAGGUCGAUGCAAGGGCUCUUCUCCCCAAGGACAAAGUAAACUGUCUGUAAUAAUGAGGUGUUCGUUUUAGGUGGGUGUCCGUAAAGGGGGCAGGUGACGGAGUUUGACAGUACAGCUUACAUCCCUCUUCUUGUAUGCGUAAUGAAAAUAGGACACACAGGCUACCCAUAUCCUGGAGUACACCACAGGCGAACCUUCCCAGGUUCCUUUCAUACUUGUCCCCCUCUCUCUGUCGCUACGGGGGACGAGUGGCAGAGGACCCUGGGAACAAAGUUGCACAGCAGGCGUAUAGACCUUAUUCACGAUAUCCGCCAUCUUUACACGCGCUUAAAAACUGACGAGUUAAAAGCAAUGUCACGUGGUUUCUCAGGGUGCAGUCAAGCGGAAAAAAAUCUGCCGAUACAAGAAAUUGCGUCGAUAUUGUUUAUUCCAGGCAACAAACAAUGAAAAACCUCUCCUCCUAAAUACAUGGCAAAUUAUGGGUGGAAGUCAUCAUUGCUACUUUUUUAUGAUGCGGUAGCGACCGUAGAUGUUCUCACAGCAAGCGAAAACGAUGAAAAACUUGUCGAAACUCAGGAAACUCGAACUGUACAUUUUGCAUGACCAAAAUCGUCGUCUCGUUUUGAGAGAAUAAACAAUCUCGACCGCGAUUACUCGUAUUGGCAAAUUUCGUUUUAAUUUCGGUUUUGGAAACUCCAUAAAAAACCUAUAAAAUAACGGCUGUUGGUACCGGCUGCUCCUUUACUGUAGUGGUUAAAUAAGAAACAAAUGUAGUAAACCGAGUUCGAGGCUUCCUGGCUGUCAGUUGUUUUUGGACUUUUUCUUUUUUUUCUCUAAAACAACAAGUAAGGUCUCCUCAGUAUGUAAGGUCGAUGAGUUGUCCGACCUUCAUCUGAGUUUUAUAGACAAUACCAUACGAAACGAUGAAAGGGCUUCGAUGGCCUUUCAUACUUCCCAAUACAAUCCAUGGUGCAGUUCGAAACAACGCCGACAGUGUCAUGAUACACUUAAAAACUUUAAUUUAAGUUCUCAACUGGAACCUCUGGCAAUGGAAUGGACUAGACCCAAAUAACAGAUCGUUAAAAGAUCUUACCUCUGUGUUGUCUUUCUCACAGGUACAUAGCAUGGCAGGUCCACGAGAAAGUUGAAGGACAAUAUGACUUUGAGGGAGGAAACGAUUUUGUUGACUUCACGCAGCUGGCAGGAUCUUUGGGGUUGCUGGUGAUUAUAAGAGCAGGUAAGUUAAACGAAAAAAGAGAUAAUACACCUCAUAGACCUCAGAAAAGGCGCUCGCUGGAAUUCGUUGGCAGUAUAGCAGAGACCGAGAAGUCCAUUUUAAAGUGGAAUCUCUUUAGGGUAAAGUGGAGGAGCUGACUUUGAAAACUCUUACUUAGUCCAACUCUCUUCACUUAUAAAUCUUUUAGUCUCUGUUGCCCCGCUAUAUGUGCUAAUGAAAUAUUGCUACAUAUAAAUGCUCAUUGCUUUCAUUAGCUUCUGUAUCUUCCAUUAAAAAAAGUCUUAUCAGAACCAUGUGACGCUCUUUCGUCAAAAUAGCGCCUGAGGGUACAAAAUCUCCGGGCACUAGUGUUCAAGGAUCAAGUGUAAACGUAAAUAGCCUUAUGUGUUUUCCAUGAAUGUCUUCUUAUAGCCAUGCGUCUUCUCCGUGCGUCUUCACUUAUAACCACACGUGUUUUCUAAUAGCUAUGCGUGCCUCCUUAUUGCCGAGCAUGUUUUCUUACAGCCAUACGUGUUCUUUUUGCAGGCCCUUUCAUCGCAGCUGAGCGAGAUAUGGUAAGCGUGUAACAAAAAUUAAUAUAUUUUUCAGACACCUUAUUUGAACAUUCAAAGGCGCUUUGCUUCUAUCACGCAAUUGCAACAAUUAUUUUCAGGGUGGAUUUCCGCCUUGGUUAUUGAAGGACUACACUGCUAACUACAUGCCGCGAUUCAGAACAAUGAAAAACGCCGGUAAGUGGCCACAAAUGCUUUUAUUAUUCAAUUUAAUUGGUGUAAUAAACUGUUUUGUUCAUUUGGCCGCCAGCAUUUCUUAUUUUCUCACCGCUGCUACAAAUUUUUCAUGUUGGUUGUCCUUCCUCUCCUUUGCUUUUUAUCUCUCGCUCUCGCUCUCUGUCCCUAUUUUUUCUCGUUGAGCUUCGCUGGCCUGUCACCUACUUUCUCUUUUUCUCUGUUUUUCUCUUUCUCUAUAUUCCAAACUUGUGGACGUGAUAAUUAAUCUAAGCUUAAUACUUUAGAAAACAUGGAUACAGAAACCAUUUCCGCUUUCCGUUUUCGUCUUUAUUAACUCUUCAGUUGUCUCGGCUUCACGAGACGCGGGUGGCUAUGCCAUUUCCCGCCAAAUAAACUCAAGUUGCAUUGGGGGCUGGCAUACCUGUUGAUUGAAUUAUUUUACAUUGGUAUGCCUAUGGUGCGGACGGACGGACGGUCGAGGGUACGGUCACGUGAUUCCCAAAAUUUCUCAGAUGGGCAGAUUACCACAUUUUCUUAGGUAUGGGAUUACGCUCGCGCGCGCUUCGCGCGUACGUGGAGCCCCGCUAAUAAAUUCACAACACACAACUCCCUGUGGUAAAGUCAGUACCUUACACAUGCGCACAGACAUAUCACAUAUCACAUGGGCAUUUCCCACUUUGGAAACGGGAAGGAAACUGAGCCUUAACUGACUCUCGCAAAGACUUGUGGGACUGUGACUACAGUUGACUCCCGAUAAUUCGAACCCUCGCUAACUCGAACCCCGCUCUG